GAGCCAACUGAGAGCAGGUCAAAAACAACACAGAGCUAAUGAAGAACAAAUUGAGGGCAGGUCAAAAACAAACAACACAGAGCUAAUGAAGAGCCAAUUGAGAGCAGGUCAAAAACAAGCACAGAGCUAAUGAAGAGCCAACUGGGAGCAGGUCAAAAACAAGCACAGAGCUAAUGAAGAGCCAACUGGGAGCAAGUCAAAAACAAACAGAGCUAAUGAAGAGCCAACUGAGAGCAGGUCAAAAACAAACACCACAGAACUAAUGAAGAGCCAACUGAGCAGGUCAAAAACAAACAACACAGAACUAAUGAAGAGCCAACUGAGCAGGUCAAAAACAAACAACACAGAGCUAAUGAAGAACCAAUUGAGAGCAGGUCAAAAACAAACAACACAGAGCUAAUGAAGAGUCAACUGAGAGCAGGCCGAAUCACCAAGAUCUUCAUCUCCCACUUGCACGGGGACCAUGUCUUUGGCCUACCUGGGCUGCUGUGCACUGUGAGCCUCAACACCAACCCUGACCCUCAGCAGCUGCAGCCCUGCCUGGACAUCUACGGACCUCGGGGCCUUCGGCAAUUUCUCAGAGUGGCUCUUGGCCUCACUGGGUCACAGCUCCUCUUCCCUUAUGCAGUACAUGAGCUGGAGCCGACACCAGACCAGAGUCCAGAAGAAGGUCAGCUGAGCCUGGAGCUGACUGCAGAUUGCAGUCCUCUGCACCCUCAGGAGCGACCAGGCAGGACGAUUUCCUUGGACCCAGAGAGUGACUGUUACCUCUUGUUUGAGGACAAGUGUUUUGUGGUCAGAGCCUUCAGGUUGUUCCACCGCAUCCCUUCUUUCGGUUUUUGUGUUCAUGAGUGUGAUCGACCUGGAAGACUGAAAACUGAACUCCUGAAGGAACUCGGUCUGAAACCAGGGCCACUUUACGGGCGCUUGAAAGGGGGGGAGAUGGUGACCCUCGAAAAUGGGCGUGUGCUGCUGCCGAGUGAGGUGCUGGAAGAUUCCAUUCCAGGGAGGAAAGUUUGCAUUUUAGGGGACUGCAGCUCAGUCCUUGGGGAGGGGCCUCUGUGGGUGUGCAGGGGUGCAGACAUCCUUGUUCAUGAGGCCACUUUGGCUAACGAGCACCAUGACAAAGCGGUGGAGCACGGACACAGCACACCAGGAAUGGCAGCAGCAGUGGCGCAGGCUUGCUGUGCACGUACUUUGGUGUUGAACCAUUUCAGUCAGAGGUACAAGCCAUGUAGCCUGCAGAAGGAAGGGGAACGAGGAUGAUGUCUCAGAGCUCAGAGGCAGGCGGAAGAGGCUCUACAGGACAGCGGUAUCCAAGUGACUCUGGCUGAGGACUUUCUGACUUUGCCUGUACCUCUCAGAAAGCCCAGGUAAUUAUCAGCUUCUCUCUGGUUUUAUAUUGUAAUGAGUGAAAAUAGGAAUUUUUCAAAUAUUGCGUCCUGAUGACUUCCAAAGUGUAUUAUGAAAGUAGCCGGUGAGGUCCUAAGGUUUAAUAAUGUGAGAUACAGACUAAUAAAAUAAUGUUUUUGUGAUAAUGAA